AUGGCUGCACACACGGCCCUGCGCGCCGCCGCCUCAGCAUUCAAAGGCACCACGCGCCGCGCGCAGCCCAUCAGCACCCUGGAGGAGGUGUUCAUCGAGGUGCAGGUGCCGCCGGGCACCCGGGCCAAGGACGUGUCCUGCAGCCUGCAGAGCCGGCACAUCGCGCUCUCGGUGCGGGGCCGGGAGGUGCUGCAGGGUAAACUUUUUGACUCUACAGUAACCGAUGAAGGAACGUGGACGUUAGAAGACAGGAAGCUGAUAAGGAUUAUUCUAAUGAAGACAAAUAGAGAUGCUGGAAAUUGCUGGACAUCUCUGCUAGAAAAUGAAUAUGCUGCUGAUCCCUGGGUACAGGACCAAAUGCAAAGGAAACUGACGCUGGAGCGAUUCCAAAGAGAGAACCCUGGAUUUGACUUCAGUGGAGCAGAAAUUUCUGGAAAUUACAGCAAAGGAGGACCAGACUUUUCUAGCCUUGAAAAGUAA